CACGGAUCUUAUAACCAAACUGAUAACUACACUCGCUUGAACGGAUUGGUAAAUACCAACCCAAAAUGGUAAAUACCAUUUCCAUUUGGUUAUCCGCUUGAAUUUGAUUUAUGAAAUGGUAAUGCUGGUCAAACGUCACCAGUACGAAAAAUACAAAAUGUCACAGUAACCUAACCAAACUUUUUGAUUGUUUUAACAUGUUAAAGACUUUGGAAGGAUGUGAAAAAUACAUUAAUAAACAUGUCCCAGGUCGAAAAUGACCUUUAGCAAUGAAAGAUUAGCCAUUUUAUACGGUUCUCAGACAGGGAAUGCCCAAGAUUUAGCCGAGCGAAUUUGGAGGGAGUCUAAACGAUUUUAUUUUAAAGCUGUCCUAAGAGCCCUAGACGAAUAUAAUGUCUUGGAUCUAGUUAAUGAAAAAUGUGUGAUAUUUAUUUGCUCUACCACUGGACAGGGUGAAGAGCCAGACAACAUGAAGACCUUUUGGAAAUUCCUGUUACGGAAAAGUUUACCUAGGGGUGUACUCAGUAAUUUGAGGGUGGCAGUAUUUGGUCUAGGUGACUCUAGUUAUACCAAAUUUAACUUUGCUGCUAAAAGAUUGUAUAAACGAUUGCUUAAUUUGGGAGCAACAGCAAUUGUUGAAUUGGGUUUGGGAGAUGAUCAGCAUGAUUUGGGUUAUGAUGCUGCCGCAGAUCCAUGGAUGGCAAAUGUAUGGAAAGAGUUGCUGCUUCUUUAUCCAUUACCAAGUGGAGUCCAACCUCUUCCAAAGGAUUACAUUUUCAGACCAAGGUGGAAAGUUUCAGCAACUGCAUUAGAUGUGGAUGUUAAUAGGCAAAAUUCUAUUUAUUACUGUGUUAAAACUGGUAAUGAGUUUGACUCCACUGUUCUGGAAAAUAAACGAUUGACAGAUGCUAGUCAUUUUCAGGAUGUAAGAUUGAUAAGAUUCAACACUGAUGGCAAACAUUACAACCCAGGUGAUAUCCUAGCUUUAAGACCCAAAAACCUUCAAUGGAUAGUGGAUGAAUUUAUGGAUGUUCUUUCAUCAAAUGGAGUGGAUAUCCCACCAGAUUCUGUUUUCACUUUACAACAGAAUGAUCCUGAUGUUCCUAUUCCAGAUGUUCUCAGGUAUAAAGUGACAUUCAGUCAGCUUUGCCUCGAAUACUUUGACUUGCUAAGCAUCCCAAGACGCCAAACUUUCCAAGUUCUAGCCCAAUUAACCGAUAGUGAACUGGAAAAAGAGAAAUGUCUAGAAUUCACUACUGCCGAAGGUCAGGAAGAGCUUUUCUCGUACGUCAACAGACCCAGAAGAAACAUUGUUGAAGUACUAAGGGAUUUCCCUAAUGCUACAAAAAACCUGACAACAGAUGUGCUGUUUGAAAUACUUCCACCGAUCAAACCCAGAGAGUUUUCUAUUGCUAGCAGUUUUAAGUUGAGUCCUAAUGAAAUACACAUACUAGUAGCUGUAGUUAGGUUCAAGACCAAAUUGGCAAAAGAGAGGGUUGGACUGUGUUCGAAUUUUUUAGCUGAUUUGAAGAAGCACGAUAGAGCGUCGGUUUGGAUCAAUAAAGGUUCUUUUAAGUUUCCAUCAGAUUUGGAUACACCUGUUAUAAUGGUUGGCCCUGGAACUGGAGUAGCUACUUUUAGGAGUUACAUACUAGAGAGGAUUUCUGAGGGUACAGCUACAAAAGACAACUUGAUACUGUUCUAUGGUUGCAGAUAUAGGAAUAUGGACUUCCUGUGUGGCCAGGAUUUUGAGGAAUUAGCUGAGGCCCAUAAAAUGACUUUUGUAACUGCAUUUUCUAGGGAACAGUAUGAAAAAGUAUAUGUACAACAUAAAAUAAUAGAACAUAAGGAGAUAGUUUGGAAAGCAUUACAAAAGAAAGCAUAUGUAUACGUGGCAGGGAACUCAAAAAAUAUGCCUCAAAGUGUCAGGGAAGCUUUCACAGAAGUAUGUAUAGAUAUUGGUGGGAUGACCAAAGAGAAAGCUGUGCAUUUCAUGGAUAUCAUGGACAAAACUGGAAGAUACCAAACAGAAUGUUGGUCAUGAUGCCUAUAAAUUUUAUUUAUUAUAUGUAGAGAUUGGGCUGAAUAUAUCCAAUUUUUGUUUUUGCUGAAU